AAGUUCCCGGAUGUUGUCUGAAUGUCAAACAUGGCGUUGCCCAUUUGCUGUAACUUGUCUUUUAGAUCUAAAUAUUACCGCACAUAGUUUUCCUUUUUAGUGAAUGAUUUUGAGUGACACAAAUAGCAGCACUUUUACAUUGACUCAUUUUGUGGAUAAAUGGCGUUGAGUCGAAGUAUUCGUCUACUACGUGGUCAAAUUCAGCGAUGUGUUGUGUCCACAAUGCAAACAGCUCGGUGUGUGACACAGUCGUCCUCCCAACCGGAGCCCAACAUGGGUGAAAAUGAGGCCGUGAACCCGACAUUUGCCAACCGAAACCCGCGGAAUUUGGAGCAGAUGGCCUUGGCUGUGAAGGACCGUGGCUGGAAGACCACGUGGCCGCAUCGGGAGUUUUACUACAGGUUAGUGUUUUCUCGCAGUCAACGACACGUGACAGCUGAGGUCUUUUCCUGCUCCUCGCCCGUCCCAGUGCUCUCCUGCUCCACCAAAGAGUGGGCGCUGAAGAAGGAGCUGCCCUCCACACACUGCGUGGCAGCAUGUCAGGCUGUGGGCGAGGUGCUGGCGCAUCGAUGCAAGCAGGCCGGCAUCACCAGGAUGGUCUACAGGGCCAUUCCGUGGACGUACCGCUCCGAUGCUGUUCAGUCAUUCCGAGCUGCAAUGAAAGAAGGGGGAAUCAUCCUCAGUGAACCCAGGAGGAAAUACAUUGGAACCUAAUUGGGGGGGGGGGGUUGUCUUUCAGGCUUUUU